AUGUCAAUGAGGUUCAUCUCCAACAUCGUCACCCUCCUGUUAGAGCUCCUGAGUCUGAUUGAGUGUCUUGAAGCAGCAUAUCGACGUCCCCUUCUAACACCAGGCGUAACGGUGUCGUGGUUCUCUAUAUUUCCCUUCUGUAGGUCUGUGCGGAGGAAGUGCUUCUGGGAGACCACCGUAGCCAAUAAGAUCAUUGAGGCGUUGGACGUUCCCUGGGUGGUUCUGCUGUCCAUGGACUCGUUCUACAAGGUGUUGAAUAAAGAGGAUCAGGAGCUCGCUGCCAAGAACGAGUAUAACUUCGACCAUCCUGACGCCUUCGACUUCGAGCUGCUGGUCACCGUCCUCAGGAAGCUGAAGAAAGGGAAGAGCAUCAAAGUCCCGGUUUACGACUUCACGUCUCACUGCAGACGCAAAGAAUGGAAAACGGUGUACGGAGCCAACGUCGUCAUCUUCGAGGGUAUUCUGGCCUUUGCCAACAAAGAGCUGCUGAAGCUCCUGGACAUGAAGGUGUUUGUAGACACAGAUUCAGACAUCCGCCUCAUACGGAGGCUGAAGAGGGACAUUUCACAGCGAGGACGAAACAUCGGCGGAAUCAUCAAACAGUACAACAAGUUCGUGAAGCCGGCGUUCGAGCAGUAUAUCGAACCCACGGUGCAGGUGGCCGAUAUAGUGGUUCCCCGAGGAGGAGAGAACUUUGUAGCGUUGGAUCUGAUAGUUCAGCACGUUCACAGUCAGCUGGAGAAGCGUGAGAUCACUGUGAGAUCAGCUCUGGCUUCGGCUCAUCAGGGGCAGCCGUUACCUAAAACCCUCAGCGUGAUGGAGAGCACACCACAGGUCCGAGGCAUGCACACCAUCAUCAGGAACAAGGAGACGAACCGCGAUGAGUUUAUCUUCUACUCUAAGAGAUUAAUGAGGCUCCUGAUAGAACACGCUCUCUCCUUCCUGCCUCUCAAGCCGGUAUCAGUGGAGACUCCUCAGGGAGGAACGUAUGAAGGCAAGAGGCUGAGCGGGCAAAGAAUCACCGGUGUCUCCAUCCUGAGAGCAGGGGAGACCAUGGAGCAGGCUCUGAUGGCCGUCUGCAAAGACAUCCGACUGGGAAAGAUCCUGAUCCAGACCAACCACGACACCGGAGAACCAGAG